GCAGGCCUUAAAUUUAUUGUGUGUAUAUAUGUAAAUCCGAAUGCGCAAUCUCCUAGCGCGUAGGGAAGCUGCAAGGACUUCAACGUCUGAGCCAGUGCCAGAGCCUCCUCCUCCAGCAUCUGCCGACUUUGAGACGGCAAUAGCUGCUUGCGGCUUUGGUUGCUUUAAUGUACUUAUAUUGUUUAUUGCCUGGCCUGUGCUGCUGGCCGUCUUAUUCUCUGUUAUGUCCAUGUCCUUUAUAUUGCCGAUAGCAGGACGUGAUCUGGAUAUAGUGCUGAGUAUGAAAGGUGUCUUAUAUGCGCUGCCCUUUGCAGGCAUGAUAUUGUCGGCAGUGCCUUGGGCUUUCAUAUCGGAUACAUUGGGGCGUCGUGUUGUGCUGAUCAGUGGCGGCUGGUUGUGGCUUAUUUGUGUGCUGUGUCUUGCCUUAAGUCAGAAUAGCACGCAGCUAAUGGUGUUCAAGUUUAUUGAUGGACUAAUCAUUUGUGGUCCACUUGCCAGCAUCUAUAGCUACCUAUCUGAAUUUCAUGCCAAACAGCACAGGAGCAUGGUAAUACUUUAUGUUAGCAUUUGCGGCUCAAUGGCCGCACUGAUAUUGCCAAUUAUGGCAAUUUUUUUUUUGCCACUGUCAAUUGAUUUCCAUAUAGGCAGCUUAAGCUUUAAAACCUGGAAUGUGUUUUUGGCAAUAUCAGCAGUGCCCAGUCUUAUUUACGGCUUGAUGCUUAUAUUUCUGCCCGAAACCCCCAAGUUUCUAAUGUCGCAAGGCAACUAUAGCGCCGCCUUGAAGUCCUUGCAGUUUGCCUACGCGCUAAACAAUCGCAAGAGUCGUAAACCAUUUCCGAUAACUAAAUUAAUGGAUGAUAGCCCGGAAUCGUUUCAAUUAGAGCAUAGCACAUUAAGGCAGCGUUUUCAUUUAAAUAUGCUCAAGUUUGUGGAGGGCUGGCGUCAAUUGAAGCCUUUGUGCAGCAGACUCUAUUUGCCUACAGCUAUGAAAGCGUUUCUAAUAAAUUUUCUAGCUAGUGUGUGCAUCAGUACCAUGCGGGCGUAUCUGCCGUCCAUUUGUCACGUCAUGAAAAUAUUAAGAAACUCAGAUCAGGCAGACUGCAGCAUGUGUAACGUAUUUGAAUACAUUAUCAGAAUAAAUGCAACUACCGAAGAUGACCCAGCUCAAUGUCAAGGUAGUUAUGAGGAAUAUCUUUUAGUUCCCGUUAUUGGCCUAGUAUGUAGUAUAAUUUUCUUGCCAAUAAUAAGAAAUAACAAAAUUGCAAUUCAUUUGCUUAAAUUUUGUCUUGGACUAUGCACAUUGCUGAUGAUAGGCUUAUACUUUUCUAGUAGUCUUUGGCUUACAUUAUCUAUAGUUUCUAUAUAUUGUGGCAUCAUGACGGUUUGUAGUGCAGCCCUCAUGGCCAUCAGUGUAGCUGUGUUUCCCACUUUAAUGCGCACCAUGAUGCUUAUGUUAAUAAUGACCUGCGGUCGUGCGGGAUCAUUUGUCGGUACUUUUGUAUUUCAUAUAUUUAUGCAUCUGGGCUGCUUGGCGUCUUUUCUUUGGCUAACUAUUAUGAUGGCCAUUGCCUUCAUCAUAUCCUUAUUCUUAACCAUCGAUGUGCAUCAGCCGCUGAAAUAAAUUAUAAAAUUCUAAAUAUUGUUAUAUUCGUGAAUUUGUA